CUGCAGCACACAAGAAGAGCAGGUCAAUACUCUUACUGCAGAGGCAAGGCUGUCUCAAAGAGCUGCUAGAACUGCAUGCUCAGCAGCAUAAGUAACAGCCAGCAAGGACACUGGUAGAAGAAUAUGAAGCUUAUGCAUGCUGUCCCUCAAGCAUAAUUAUCCAGCGUCAAGCAGGGAUUUAACACCCGGCAGAUCACAGACAACUUAAACAGGAGUGUUGGAAGAUCUGAACUUGAAGAUGGAGAACUCAGGAGGAAUGUACCUGAACAUGGCUGCAGUGACCUCUAGGGUGGGUGUUGCCCGACUGCUACAGGCAGCAUUUGGAUGCACCACAUUCAGCCUUGUGGCCCACCGAGGGGGAUUCAACGAAGCCUACGGCACUUUCUGCAUGGCUGUCUGGUGUUUUUGUUUUGCAGUCACCAUCUUUAUCAUCACUUGUGAGUUCACGCGCCUCCACGGCUGCCUGAGCAUCUCCUGGGGGAAUUUCACAGCUGCUUUUGCCAUGCUGGCCACUCUUAUGUCCAUCACAACCGCUGUCAUCUACCCGCUUAAUUUUGUCCAAUUCAGCUGCCAUCCCAUUGGGUGCGAGAAGAGAGACUUCAGCAUAUCAGCUAGUGUCUUUGCUGGGCUUCUGUUUUUCGCAUAUGCCACAGAGGUGUUUCUGACUAGGGCCAAACCAGGACAGGUGACCAGCUACAUGGCCACAGUUUCUGGCCUCCUGAAAAUUGUCCAGGCCUUUGCCGCUUGCAUUAUUUUUGGAGCACUGGUGAACGACAGCCAGUACAAUAGGUACGUGGCCACACAGUGGUGCGUGGCUGUUUACAGCUUCUGCUUUGUGCUAACUGUGGUUGUGGUGAGCCUCAACGUCACAGGAAGGACGGCAACACUCAGGUGCCCCUUUGAACGCUUUGUGAUUAUUUACACAUUUGUGGCUGUCCUGAUGUACGUGAGCGCUGCAGUGAUCUGGCCGGUGUUCUGCUUUGACCGGAAGUACGGCUCUCCGCACCGCCCAUAUCAGUGUUCCAAAGGCAAGUGCCCCUGGGACAGUCAGGUGGUGAUUGCAGUGUUCACGUAUGUGAACCUGGUGCUUUACGUUGCAGAUUUAGCAUACUCUCAGCGUAUUCGCUUCGUUUCACACCCUUGAUAGCCAGUCCC